AUGGCAUCGUCAAACAGUGGUGCCGUUACUGGAGGAAACCAUCAUCAUAGCUCGAGAGCGGGUGAUGCAUGCAGUGUCCAGCUACCAUCAACGUACUAUGUCACUGGUACUGUUGGUAGCGGACCAUCAACCUGUGCCUCAUCUCUAUAUCAGUCAUCGCGCAGGACACCAAUCGUGGGGAUUGCUGAAGGAUCUGCUCUCACUACGACAUCACCGCCAACACCAAUUAACACAGGUGAAACGGUCAAACAUAGUGUGAGAAGUGGAACCAUUGGGCCGACUACCGGUAUUGCUGGAUUUAAACGAUUAAACACUAGUCAGCAACAUCAUGGUCAAUUUGUCAUGACACCAAAUGCAGCACUGGGUGUUGGGUGUGAUAUAUCAAAUGGUGAUGAAGUGAAGCCACGGUCGCUGCGAUUCACAUGGAGUAUGAAAACUACUAGCUCUUUAGCACCCGAAGAAAUGAUGAAAGAAAUUCGAAAAGUUCUGGACCAAAACAACUGUGAUUAUGAGCAGCGUGAGAGAUAUUUAUUAUUGUGCGUUCAUGGUGAUCCCAAUACCGACUCGCUGGUACAGUGGGAAAUGGAAGUUUGCAAAUUGCCAAGACUGAGUCUAAAUGGCGUUCGAUUUAAACGAAUAUCGGGGACAUCAAUUGGUUUUAAGAAUAUUGCAUCGAAAAUAGCACAAGAGUUAAAUUUGUGA